AAUGAAUGAUAAGGAUACAAAUGAGAAAUAUGAACAAAGUCUUCUAAGAAACGUCCUAAAUAAUUUUAAUAAUGAAAAUUCUAAAGAUAAAGAAAAGAUUAAUCAAUAUAUAAAUAUUUUGAAAAUAUUCUUUCAAGAUAUUGAAAAUACAGUUCAGAAUCAAGUUGAAGAUUUUUAUAAUGAAUUUCAUAGUUUAGUUACAAGAGUUUUAAAUUUUCAUUCAAAUUUAUUAAUGAAAGAAAAAUCUAUUAAUGAUGAAUCUACUUACAAAAAGGAAAUUGAUAAAUUCAAAGUUACAGAAGAGAAUUAUCUAAUUGAAUUUAAACGGCUAUUGGUGUUACAUGAACCAGAUUCUCUCAAUAAACUAACAGAAUUAAUUAAUAAGUAUGAUAUACAAUCCGAAAAACUCUGGAAUUUAACAAAAAAACAUUAUGGAACAAUUCUAAAAGAUUUUUAUAGACAUUUGGAAGACGAUGUUUUCGAAUAUUAUAAUACAAAUGAACAGAGUCAAAGGGAGAAACUUUUAAUUGGCUUUUCUAAAUUGACCAACAUUGAUAAAGACAUUCUGAAAACCUAUGAUAAAUCAAGAAUUUAUAGUACAUUAAAUUAUAUGAGGUCUACAACACUGGAUAAAUUAACAAGUCAUUUAAAACCGUUUAAUGACGAAUGUUUGAAAUUAGUUGAAAAGCGAAAAGAAUCUAAUUACAACGGCAUGUCAAUUAUGACAAUAUUAAAACGACCUAGUUUUCUUUUCGAGGAAGAAGCAGAAUUGACCCUUCAAGAUCUAUUAAUUUUUGAAAUAUUUGUCACCUUGAUUAUGGAUAAGGAGAGUGAACUCAAAAUUCAUCAUAUCGUUAGCGAACUAUACAGAAUAAUAGGAGUUCAAGGAGACUCAGACGAUCCCUCUGUAGAAAAUCUCGUAGAAACUCUGUUAAAAAACCGGCAACCAUUUGUCUCAAGUCAGGUAUCCGUUCAUCGUGCAAAGCGUACUUUAGCUGAAACUAGUUCUCAACCUAACGAGUUUUUAGAAAAAUAUGAAGAGCUAAAAGCCAAAAAUAUUCGACAUUUAGAUGCGUUCGUUUAUUUAUUAUCAUUACUUAACCGGGAUGAUAAUUUUCAAGCGGUUAUGAAAAGUAUUGGACCAAAAUUACAAUCCGAUGACGUUUCAAACACUCCAAGUUCUCUUAAACCGGACGAAUUAAAGAAAUUAAAAUCCGAUUUAUUACGCGAAACAAAUACUCUGAAAAAUUACGAGUCUACUUUAACUUUACACAGUGCAGACGGUAAAAAAGCAUCUCAAAAAAUUCUACCGGCUCAACCCGACUGGCUUUUCGAACGAUCCGCUUUGACUAUGGACUUUCUACCAGUUAGAGAAAUUGGCAAUAAUGAUCAAAUAUUCCCAACUGUUAAAUCAUCGACGUCAAUACAAGAGCAAGAGAUAAUUGAAGAUAUACUCUUCAUUAUGGAGGGUGUAACUGGCAGACAUAUCAAAGAAAUACCACUCUCCGAAAACUAUGGAAGAAGAGAUUUCAAUAUAGAUCCUUCCAUUGAUCCAAUGAAUAAAGAAUUGAUUAAGAGAAUGUUACCUCUCUGCUCAGAUUAUUCUACUGUAGUUCGCUUUAUUGAAGAGAAACAAGCUUUCGAGUAUGGUUUGGUUAACCAAGCUGUUGGUGCUGCAAUGAGAAGCUUAAUAAAUGAUUAUUUAGUUCUGAUUUGCCAACUGGAACAUCAAAGUCGGGAAGGUCAGCUAACUUUACAAAAACUUUGGUAUUAUAUGCAACCAACUAUAAGGACUAUGGAAAUAUUAGCUUCAAUAUCUAACGCAAUUAAUCAGGGCGAAUGCACUGGUGGAGCAGUAUUAUCUUUAUUGUAUGAAAAGACCCAUAAACAUACUGGGGAUAAAAGAGCCCAAGACUUAUGCUCUUUUCUAAUGCAAUCGGCUAACAAGCCUUAUUUCGACAUACUAGAGAAAUGGAUUUUCAAGGGCGCUAUAGUUGACACUUACGCCGAGUUCAUGAUUGAGGAAAGACAGAGCCUAGUGAAGGAACGUUUACAAAAUGAUUAUAAUGAUGAUUAUUGGGAACAGCAUUAUAUUAUUUGUAGGGAUAGAGUUCCCGUCUUUCUCGAGCGACAGGCUGGAUUAAUUCUGAAUACGGGAAAAUACUUAAAUGUUGUUCGUUUAUGUGGAGAACAUUUCCAAUCAACACCUUCUAAACCCUUUGUCUAUACGGAUAAUGAAAGAGAGUUGGCAUCGAGAAUCAACGAAGCUUAUGCUUACGCUUCCGGUCUACUGUUAAACAUGCUUUUGGAGAAGCAACGCCUAAUGGACCGUCUCCGAUCAAUCAAGCACUAUUUCCUACUCAAUCAAGGCGACUUUAUUGUCCAAUUUAUGGAUUUGGCGGAAGAGGAGCUGAGGAAGAACAUGAACGAUAUUCAAGAAAGUCGUCUAGAAGCGUUGUUGGAAUUAUCUUUGAGAACUAGUGCCGCGAAUAUCGAUCAAUUUAAAGACGACGUUCGACCUGAACUUCUAAAGUAUGAUCUCGUCUCUCAAAUUUUUAAGAUAGCCUCUAUAGAAACAAAGAGAGAAAAAGAGUAUGCAAUAGAGCAUUCCGAUGAAAAUUUAACUGGCUUAGAGGCUUUUGCCUUUAAUUAUGUUGUUAAGUGGCCAGUCUCUUUGGUUCUGAAUAAGAAGGUCAGUAUUAUUUAUCAUCCAUCUUUUUUUAUCCACUUAACUAAAGAUUUCACUAGCACAUGGGUGACAAGUAAACGAGUUAAAUCCAACGACUGGGAAAAAUAUACUGCAGCAUUUGCACUCAGACAAAGGAUGUUAAAUUUUGUGCAUAAUCUGCAAUAUUACAUGCUAUUAGAAGUCAUCGAACCUAAUUGGCAUCAGCUGGAAAAGGCGAUUAGUUCAGCAAAGAAUAUCGAUGAUGUACUAGAGGCUCACAAUGAAUUCCUGAGCUCUUCCAUGCGGGACUGUAUGCUAACUAACCCUGAAUUACUGUCGAUGAUCCAUAAACUGAUGGUUGUUUGCGUCACUUAUUCGAAUUGUAUGCAAAAAGCUUUGAAAUCUGGUUCGGCAAGAGGGUCGUCUCAUACCAUUGAAUUUCAAAAUACCAUAUCGAAAUUUGAUGACAAUUUUAGCGCACUACUCGUAAGAUUAUUGGAUAAAGUUCUUGAUUUUAGCCUUUGCAGUAUGACCGAUUUGAAGUUGGUGAAUAUUUUGCAUAGGCUCGAUUUUAACGGUUUCUACCAAGAUCAGCUGGAAGCUAGGCACGGUUGA